UUGCCUGCAAGCAAGAAAAGGAAGGAGGAACACCAUGCUAACAUUUCUGUGCUCUGUUCUACAGCUUGCAAAGACGCAUCAGGCGACGUCAUUUUCUUAACAGACAGCUCUGACAGCAUAUAUCCAAAUGAAUUCAAGACAAUGAAAGAAUUCAUGAUAUCUGUCGUCAACAAGUCCGCCGUGGCGCUGGAUAAGGUGCACUUUGGUGUCAUGCAGUUCAGCAAUGACAUACAACUGGAGUUUCCCCUCGAUCUCUACUACACCAAAGAGGAAAUGUUUAAGGCCAUCCGUGAUAUGCAGCAGUUAAGUGAAGGCACGUACAUAGGAAAGGGCCUCAGAGAGGUCUCACAGUAUUUUGAUGCCAGCAGAGGAGGGCGUCCUAACCUGAAGCAGUGGCUGGUAGUGAUAACAGAUGGCAGAUCCAAAGACGAGGUCAAAGGCCCCGCUGAAGCUCUGAGGGCCAAACAAGUGGUGAUCUACUCCAUUGGAGUGGGUAAAAUUGAUAACACUCAGCUGACAGAUAUCAGCGGUUCAUCAGACAGGACGUAUGUUAAGAGGGACUUCGACGGGCUAAAGGACAUAGAGACCGAGGUGGCCUUGAAGAUCUGCGAUAGAGAGUGUAAGAAGACAGAAAAGGCUGACAUUAUUUUCCUGGUGGAUGGGUCAACAAGUAUAGAUAAAACAGAGUUUGACAGCAUGCGGAAGUUUAUGGAGUCAAUAGUAAAGCUAACCACAGUUGGCAAGAACCUGACACGUUUUGGGGUCAUUAUGUACGCCACUACAGCAGAGUCUGCUUUUACUUUAAACAACUAUGAGUCCAAACAAAAGGUUCUUGAAGCAAUAACAAGUCUGAAACAACCAAAAGGAGACACCUACACGGGCGAGGCCUUGGCAUACUCACGGAAUUUCUUUAACGCUGAGCACGGCGGCCGGAAAGCAGAGAAGGUGCCUCAGAUUCUUAUGGUGAUAACAGACGGGGAUGCCACUGAUCAUCCCAGACUGAAGGAUGAAUCUGAUGCACUGCGAGAAAAUAAGGUCACCGUCUUCAGUAUUGGAGUGAAGGAAGCAGUCAGGGAGCAGUUGGACAUCAUGGCUGGUGGCGACACCUCCAAAGUUUUCUACGUGGACAACUUUAAAGCCUUAGAAACUCUGUACAAGAACAUGUCUUCUGCCAUCUGCAAUUCCACUAAGAAAGUUUGCGAGCAGGCCGACCUGGUCUUUCUAAUCGAUCGGUCUAGCAGCAUCAACAAAGAAAAUCACCAAAUUGUGUUGAACUUCACGGCAGAAGUAGUGAACAGCUUUAAUGUCAGUAAAGACUUUGUGCAUGUUGGACUUGCACAGUUCAGCGAUGAGCCUCAUAAAGAGUUUGACCUCAACACGUACUACAAGAAGGAGGAGAUGAUGAAAACAAUCUCAAAUUUGAAGUACACUGGUGGAAACACCCUUAUAGGAAAGGCCUUGGUUCACAUUAAGGAUUACUUCAAGGGCGGCCGUUUUGGGGUCCCCCAGAAUCUGGUGGUGAUCACAGAUGGCGAUUCUCAAGAUGACGUGGAGGACGCGGCUGAAGAACUCAGGGCUCAGGGGGUGGUGGUGUUUGCCAUUGCCUUAGGAGACGUCCACGACCUGCAGCUCCUGCAGAUGACUGGAGACCCGGAGAGGCUGUUCAAUGUGCGGAGCUUCGACGCCUUGGCAAGUAUCAAGAGAAAGGUGGUCGAUGCCCUUUGCAAAUCUGAACCGGAGGAUCAGCCCUCUGAAUGCACCAUUGACAUCGCCAUGGGAUUCGAUAUCACUACUAGAACUGGCGCUAUUGGUGAGAUGCUGUUCAGCGGCCACGCCAAGCUCCAGAGCUUCCUGCCCGAGAUCGUCCGCUACGUCUCCUCGGUAGAAGGGCUGUGCUGCGUGAAGGGACCUGUCAGGACCCAAAUUGCCUUCCAAGUGUCAGACCGUGAAGGACGUCCCCUGUACGACACAAACUUUGAAGGCUACAGCGAGGAAGUGGUGAAGAAAAUCACGACCUUACUGAUGUUGAAUCCUAGCUACUUUAACACUGCCGUGCUGAAAUCCUUCAAGGAGAAGUUCAGGACUGGGUCCACUGCUCGUGUGAAGGUUCUGGUGAUGUUCUCAGACGGACUCGAUGAGGACGUGAUCAGAGUGAAGCAAGAAUCAGAGCUGCUGCGACAGUCGGGGGUCAGCGCUCUGCUGACCGUGGCUCUGGAGGGGGCGCGGAACCCCGGCCAGCUGCCAGAGGUGGAGUUUGGCCGAGGGUACGUCUACCUGCUUCCUCUCAGCAUCGGCAUGCCGAGCGUCAGCAACACCAUCCUCAAACAGAUU